AGUCAGGGAAGAAAAACGUCUAAACGCUUGUGUACAUCUGCCCGCGGCAACCAAGUCAUAUGUUUGAUAUUAAUUGAAAUCGUAUGCGGAAGUGGAUAGGUCCGUGUAUUUUCUCGAGUUGAAAUGAGCUUUGUACGAAAGUCUCGUACGCAAGUUGAUUAUACUGCAAAGGUUGUACUGGUAGGUGACUGCUCCGUUGGCAAGACUUGUUUACUCUUUCGUUUCGUUAGCAAUGAGUUUAUGUCAGCAUCAUAUAUUUCUACUGUUGGGGUGGACAUGAAAAUUAAAGACAUAGAUGUGAAUGGGACAAAGAUAAGGCUCCAGAUAUGGGACACUGCUGGUCAAGAGAGAUUUCGUAGUCUAACUCAUUCAUACUUUAGAGGUGCAAAUGGAUUGAUCUUAGUGUAUGAUCUCAUGAAUCCAGAGACAUUUCACAGUGUUCGACAUUAUAUGUCGUCUGUCAAAUCUGAGGCAGAUGAAGAAGUCAUCCUGAUGUUGUUAGGAAACAAGUCUGAUGUACCGAACAAAGAAAAACGUGUCAGUUACAAGGAAGGUCAAGACUUAGCCACUGAAUACGGAAUUCCGUUUUUGGAGGUAAGUGCCAAAACUGGGUCAAACGUUAUGGAAGCUUUUCAUGCCUUAGCAACGGCUAUAAAGGUCAAGAUGCAUGACGAAGCUGAUGACCAGUUUGAUCUUAGUGACUAUGUAAAGAAAACUGUGCCAGAUAAAAGACAAGAAAGAAGCUGCUGUAUUUGAGUUGAUAUCUUUUUGUUGUUAGCUUACCUGUUAUGCCUAAAGCGCACAUUUUGUAAUAACAGUGACUAUAACUGAUUUUAAUAUUCAUUAAUCAUAUUUGGUUACUGGGACGUUAGGUCUGCAUGCUGAAAUAUUUGCAACAAAAUGUGAAUCAGUGGGUUUGCUCACAUUACUUUAGAAGCAUAUAUUAUUAAUUAACCCGAGGCGCGCAUGCGCUAG